CAUCCGCAGAAGGGGGAUUGCUACCACAGAACCUGGCAACCUCAUAGCUCACCCGGACCAUAACUAUAAACAAGCGGAGCACCCUCACCGGUUAGCCAAUGCUAGGCUAACCAACUUUCUUCUUCGUCAGUCAGCUCCUCUGGGCCGCUCGAACUACUCUCCUUUUAAUCUGAAUAAUGACAAUGACCUGACCCAUGGACCACUGCAGUGUCAGCUCAACCAGAGGGCUACUUUUGCAGAUAGAUCAUGAAUGACAAACUAGUUUUCUUAGGCCUGCUGUACUUUGUCCAGGGCAUCCCCUAUGGUCUCCAGUCUUCCCUGCUGCCUGUCUACCUGCGUGGAGCUGGACACUCUCUCACCCGCAUCGGUUUCACCAAGAUACUCUACUUCCCCUGGGUGCUCAAAGUUCUCUGGGCCCCUUUGGUGGACCGAAUCGGUACCAAGCGCCGCUGGCUGGUGGGGACAGUGUCUGGUUUGGCGCUGACAUGCCUCUCCAGUGCUGCCCUGGCUCCAGAGGCACACAUCUGGGGAGUAGCUGGGACCCUGUUGGCCAUGAACUCCCUGGCUUCUGUGCAGGAUAUUGCUGUGGACGGUGCUGCAGUGGGGCUGUUGAAAGGACGUGGGGAGCUGGGGCUUGGCAACACGGCCCAAGUUGUGGGCUACAAAGCCGGGUCAGUGUUUGCUGGAGGUGGACUCCUGGCUGUGAUUGACGUGGCUGGAUGGAGCUGGAUGUUUAUGCUGCUGACGUUUGUGUAUGCAGGCGUGGCUCUGUUUGUGUGGGGGGCCCCUGUGCUGGAUGAUGAGACUAUGAAGGGCCAGCAGGCAGAUGGCACCAGGAAGGGAGGGCAGGGAGCCGAUGCUGUAAGGCCAUGGAGGGUGUGGAGGAAGCUGCUGGCAGUGCCCGGCACACCUUGGACAGUCCUGUAUGUGCUCACGUACAAACUGGGUGAGCAGGGUGCAGUCACCAUGUUUCCUCUUUUCCUGUUGGAUCAUCACAUGACUGCCAGGGAGCUCGGCUUUUGGAACGGUGUUAUUGCCAUGGGCUUCUCCAUCUGCGGGUCGUCUCUGGGAGGCCUGCUGCUCGCUCAGUUCAGCAUCGGGGCUCUGAUGCGACGCGUGUUUGUUCUGCGAACCAUCAGCAUGGUCUUCCAGAGUUCUCUGCUCACUGUACUGGAACCAUCGCCGCUCAUGAAAGGUAUGGCGGUCCUGAGCAUGAGCGUUCAACACUUCCUGGGCGGUCUCAUCACCACGCUCACCUUCACUACCAUGAUGCAUUGCACUCAGAGGGCCGAGGAAAGCAUUCAGGCGACCCACUACAGUUUCCUGGCGACUCUUGAGGUGCUGGGAAAGCUGACGUUCAGCGCUCUGGCCGGAGGUGUGGUGGAUUGGUUUGGUUUCCAAGUUGCCUUCCUCUUCUUCCUCACGCUCUCCGCCGGAACGGCCCUGCAUGUGUGGACGGCAACCUUCACUGGUGCUCUCAGGGAGCACCAGCUCAAAGAACAGCCCAAAUAAGAUCAGGGUGAAACGUCCUGAUUCAGGGCAUCUGCAGGUGCUGGAAAAGUGUUGAAAUACUUUACUAGAAGUAUUCAGACACAUCGAAAGACCUUGAAUCCUGUUAAAUGUAACUCUCAUGACUUCAGCAAAUCAUUUCAGUAUAAAAGAUCUUGAAUAAGUUGACUUUCAGACAUUUUUAAGGAGAAAUUAGCCAUGCAGUUAAGUACUCUGUUUCAGAGUGUGCUUUUGUUAUUGCACUGUCAUUUCACUGGCAAAACUGGCCUUAUUUUUUAUUUAUUUUGCAUUUGAAAUGUCUUGAAAAGUCUUAACAUGUACAAUAGCUUGAUGAAACUUGGAGAUAUCGAGUAGGUAAGGAUUAGCAUGUUGGGUUUAGCUAACAGUAUUUCGCUUUCUGGGCAAAAUGGAAUUGGUGCAUCCAGUUGGUGUCAUGAAAAAUGUGGUUUAGUGUGGUAGGAAGCAACAAGUAGUCAUGUAUUGAGAGCUGAAAAAUACCAAAUCAAAGGGAAAUAUAAAAGCUGUUUUUGUCAUCUGAGCCAUUUUAAUGUCAUUACACGCCAGCAAUAAGAGCUGUAGCCAAAAGCAAUAUCGCUACUUUGUGAUGCUUGUUCUAUUAUACUGUACUGUAUAUGAAUUUAUUAGUCAUUCUCCUGAGUUUUAUGGUUUACAGAUAUAAAUGAAUAAAUCUCUACUACCUCGUAUCAGCACUGUAUGGUACGAUACACAGGAGGCGAAUGUACAGUAGCUGCACCAAGUAGAGUAAACACUUAUUCACAAUAAACAGCGGCAGCGCAUCCGCUAUGUUACCUAAACCAGUUAGCCAAAGUAUGCUCUCAGUAACUGGAACGUUCUCUUUAAAAAGAGAAUGAAAAUGUAAUUCAGCUGUUGAAUGGGGAGCAUUAAUUCCAUUAAAUUCAGAGUAAAAUCCUCUUCCAUUUGUAUUUGAAUAGUUUAACCCUGACACUUAGCUUACUUCUGAUAGGAAACCUCAGCCUUACACACUGCAUGGUGCCGUCUCGUUUCAGUUUUUAAAUCAUUAAUAAGGUCUGAAAAUACCUGUUUUCAAUAAAACUUGAAUGACCACUAUCACUGAGAAAGUGCGGUUUCUCAUAUCACUGCAUAACUUCAGUGUUUUAUGUUUUCAAAAAAUGUCAAUUGCAUAAUAAUAUGUACUAUAACCUUUACUGUAACUCUCCAUUGCACUGUAUCCUAUAGAAGAUCAUUUUCUCCAGGCUUAAAAUAUUAAUAAAACAGCAGUGCAGAAUGUUUUUUUUCUCCACCAGAUUCUAUGAAAAUACAAGACUAUCCUUAAUGUAGGUGAAUGUAUCAAUAGAGACUCAAAUUCAUUAUUGUGCUGACAGAUAGGUUAGAAAGGAAGGAUGAAUUGGUUUAAAUAAAGCCAGCAAUUUCAGCAAGUAUAGCGAAAUAAAACAGCUGGUCACCUGCUUUCACCCACAUAAUAACUAAUGGGAUGCCAUACCACGUCAUUACUGGUUUAUUCACAUAGCCAGGUCCUCUGUCAUGUCCUGAAUUGUAGAGCGCGUGUUGCAAAGCUCAUCUCUUGUCUCUCAGCUACUGUGUUACCAGAGAUUUGCACAAAAAUAAAGCUGCUGAGUGAA